AUUGAAAUACUAGCUCCCAAUUUCCCAUCAUCCUUUUCGACCGGGCGAGAUCUGGGCCUCUCUCGCGGGAUCUCGCCCUCUUCCUAGGCCGUCACUGAGAGAGGACGAAAGGCCAUGUUCAGUUCAAGCGCCAAAAUCGUUAAGCCUAAUGGCGAAAAGCCAGACGAGUUUGAGUCUGGCAUUUCCCAGGCUCUGCUGGAGUUGGAGAUGAACUCUGACCUCAAAGCUCAACUAAGGGAAUUAAACAUUACUGCAGCAAAGGAAAUUGAAGUCGGGGGUGGUAGAAAAGCAAUAAUCAUCUUCGUUCCAGUCCCUCAGCUGAAAUCUUUCCAGAAGAUCCAAGUUAGGCUGGUGCGCGAGCUGGAAAAAAAGUUCAGCGGCAAGCACGUCGUCUUCAUUGCUCAGAGAAGGAUUCUGCCCAAACCAACAAGAAAAAGCCGCACAAAAAACAAGCAGAAGCGUCCCAGGAGCCGUACUUUGACUGCAGUACAUGAUGCCAUCCUCGAAGAUUUGGUGUACCCAAGUGAAAUUGUGGGCAAGAGAAUCCGUGUGAAGUUGGACGGCAGUCGGCUUAUCAAAGUCCAUUUGGACAAAGCACAACAGAACAAUGUUGAACACAAGGUGGAAACAUUUUCUGGUGUCUACAAAAAACUCACAGGCAAAGAUGUGAUUUUUGAAUUCCCUGAAUUUCAGCUGUAGAGUGCUAUUGAUGUAAUUAAAAAAAAAUACUUGUA